UUUAUUUUGGAGGAGACCCCCUGAACACCCCCUAAGGACCCUUUGGUGUCCCUGGACCCCAGUUUGAGAACUUCAGCUUCAAGCUACACUGCUGCAGACGAUGGUUGUUGUUUAUUAGGGUAACUGAUCCAACGAUUCAAUGGACAACUAUGAAGCUUCUUCUGGAUCUGCUGUGUUUGGGUCUUCUGUGUUUGACCCGAAAAACACUUUGUGAUGAAAACGGGCCAACAGUCAUCAAAGUGGAAGGAGGGACUGAUGUAAUGUUACCCUGCUCUCUCAGCACCAAGGAGAACAUUGAGUUUAAACUCUUUGACUGGAGGAAAGUUCUUCAGAAAGAUGAAGGUCUGAAGGAGGUGUUCCUGUAUGAUGGAGGCAGUCAUUACAACAACGGUCUAGGUGGUCAGAGUGAGCAGUUCAAAGGUCGAGUCUCUCAUUUUCCAGAUGAACUGAGACACGGCAACGCCUCCAUAAUCAUCAGAAAUACAAAGGUGGCCGACAGUGGAGUCUACACCUGUGAUUUUCCACUUAGGGAGAAAAUAGAAAUGUUCCACAUCAAGCUUGUUGUUGUUGCUCCAGAGCCAGACAUCAACAUAAUUGAUGCCACAGAUGAUGGAGUGUUGCUGCAGUGUGAGGUUCAAGGUGCUGCUCCCAAACCUAGAGUAGAGUGGCAGGACAGAGAUGGAAACAAACUUCCUGCUAAAGACCCACAGGUCUCUGAAAGAGGAGACAGAUACCACAUCACCCUCCAGACUACUGUGACCAAGACCGGCUGCUGUCGCUGUGUCGUCACACAGGAGGAAACCAACCGUAGGACUCAUGCUGAGAUUUAUGUGGCUAUUAUUGUCAAAAUGAGCAUGUGGAACAAAAUACUUGGAGUUACUGGAAUUCUUACUGCUGUACUUGGAGUUGCAGCAGCAGCUUUUCUUUUAUGUUGAAUUGACAUCAAGAACAAGUAAU